UGCUGUACACAAUCAGCAUUUAAUCUUGACGAUGCGCAUCGAUAAAUUACAAUCAGUUAAAUCAAGUAAAUUGUCCAAUCGCCUCAAUUGUUUUCUUUUCUUUUAGUACAAUUUGCGCUUUGAAUUUGAAGUCAACUGUAUGGGCGGUGCUUUCUGCAAUAGCAGACUGUUUAUUUGUGAGCGUGCUGCGGAAUACGAGUCCCCGUGCGCUGAUCUGACAAAACGCAGGCUGCCGUGAUGAUGUGGACCAUAAUGCUCAACUGUCAAUUAAGAGGAAGAGGGGGAGGACACUGUUGCCUGGGAUUGCUCCUAACGUCAGCCCUGACCUUUGCCCUGGCCACACAGAUGGACCACCACGGACACCAAGGCCGGCCCCUUCAUUCCAUCAGGGACGAGCGUCCCAAGCUGCUUCUGGUGUCUUUCGAUGGGUUCCGCUGGGACUACGUGGACCGCGUCCCCACCCCCAACUUCCACGCCCUGAUGAAUGAGGGGUCAAAGGUGGAGCAGGUGGAGAACACGUACAUAACCAAGACUUUCCCUGACCACUACACCCUGGUUACCGGACUGCACGCCGAGACACACGGCAUCGUGGCUAACGAGAUGUUUGACCCCGACCUUAAUGCCUCCUUCUCCAUGGAGGGGCCAAGUGCCUAUGAGCCACGGUGGUGGGCCGGGGCGGAGCCCCUCUGGGUGACCAAUCAGAAGCAGGGUGGGCGGAGCGGAGGGGUGAUGUGGCCGGGUUCGGACGUGAAGAUUGGCGGAGUGUAUCCAUCCCGCUACGUGCCCUACAAUGCCUCUGUGAGCUUCGAGAGGCGCGUGGAGACCAUGGUGGCCUGGCUGGCAGAAGAGGGGCAUGGGGAGGGGCCCGGGCAAGGGGGUGUGGACUUUGGUGUGCUUUAUUGGGAGGAGCCUGACGAAAGUGGCCAUAACCUGGGACCCGAGAGUCCUCUGAUGGAUGUGGUCAUCGCUGAUAUCGACGACAAGCUGGGGUUCCUCCGCAACGAGUUGCGCAAGAAGGGCCUGUAUGAGAGGGUGAACCUGAUAGUGACCAGUGAUCAUGGGAUGACCCAGCUGUCUGAGGACAAAGUGAUUGAGCUGGACCAAUACCUGGACAGAGAGCUCUACUCCUGGGUGGACAAGAGCCCUGUGGUGGGGAUACUGCCUAGAGAAGGUAAACUUGAGGAGGUCUACAAGGCGCUGUUGGAUGUCAACCCUAACAUGGUGGUAUACAAGACAGAGCAGAUCCCCGAGCGGCUUCACUACCGCCACAACAGAAGGAUCAUGCCGAUCAUCCUGGAGGCCAAGGAGGGCUGGACCAUCUGCCAGAACAGAACCACAGCACCACACAUGUUGGGUAACCACGGCUAUGACAACUCCUUACCCAGCAUGCACCCUGUCUUUGUGGCGCGCGGACCCGCCUUCCGUAGGAACUAUGUGAAGCACUCCAUGGUUUCUGUUGACCUCUACCCCCUGAUGUGUCACAUCCUGUCUGUUCAGCCCCGCCCCAACAACGGAUCUCUUGCCCGUGUCAGGGACCUCCUCUCUGAGCCAUCCAUACCCACCCCUCGCGCCCCCUCAGGUGGUGGCGACCAGGCGCCCUCUUAUGCCACCGCUCUGGGCGUGUUUCUGGGGCUCGUGAUGGUGACAGGGUUCCUUGUGGUGAUCGUCAAACUGGUGACGCUCAAGCAACUGCCAGGAAAGCAUCUGGGAAGCAGAGAGAUGGUCCAGCCACUACUGCAGGAAGACUUACACCUCUAAAGAGAAAGAAGAGGAGGAGGAAGAGUGUGGCUCUGAUUGUUAUUUUAUUUCACUAUUAUCUCAUCGCUGAGUGACAGGCAGACAGUACUUAUAACUAUUAUAAUAAUAAUAAUGAAAGGGUUUCUGCAUUCACGUCCUGUUAGAUGUGUCAUCAGUCUGAACGGACAUUUGUGAUCCUAGAAAAGCUGUAAUCCCUGGUACAGUUUUUAUUUUUUUAUUUUUUUUCUUGAAACAGCCAUAACAAACGUCAACUAAGUUUAGCCACCGCUAGCUGAACCUCAAUGCAAGUGAAUGGAAUGUGUGAGCAGGUUAUAUAGAGGAGAGUCCAAAUCAACUGACCUCAGGCGGCAGUCUGACGUCGAGCCAUUCAGCUGGUAUGUAGCUGUUCUGUUAACCAGUCAGGAGCAGUGGUUUUCAUAUCUUACCCUACCAGGACCGGGGCUUGUUGGGUUUCUGUUCCACCUCAUCAUUAAUUGCACCCACCUGGUGUCCAGAGUCUAAGCAAUUCCCCGACUAGAGGAACUGUCUUGGAGGUUCAGAUUUGAAAACCCCUGUCCCACAGGGAGUGGAAUGUAAGAUGAAGAGGCUGAUGCUCAGUCUGGUUCAUUUCCUCUGCCUGCAUUCUUAAUAUGAGAUCAGUGUGCAGUCAUUCUGUGUCUUUUAUUCAUGAUGUUUUAAAUACACUGUUGUCACUAGGGGGUGUAUUUCAUGCCCUGUAAAGCGUUCAGCGUCACAGAACCAUUGUCGGUGAUGUCACAACCAUAACCACUCACCGGUGAAACGUGAAGUGCAAUUGCUAUAGGUCAGAUUCUUGAACUAGUAGGGAUUUUUUUUUUAAACUGACUCUUUUGUUAUUUUUAUAGUUUGAGUAAUGAGUUUAAAUGUAUAAGAGGCAUCUCUGUUUUGCACUAAGAAACAUAAAUCAUGAUAGAGGGGGCGAUUGGGACGAGGUGAGACGCUUGUCGUUUUUGCUCUGUUGUAAAUGCUCUUCAGAUACAGUCGGACGGCCAGCAUGCGUUUUCUUGGGUCCGGAGAUCAACGUAGCAGCUUCCUACUCGGUCAUCAGCGAUGUCUACUGUACUGAUAUAUGAUUAACUGUUGUAGUAGAUCAUUUAAUUCAGAUCCUUGAUUGGUAAAAUGUUCUUUGAGAUUCUUUUAAACACAUUGGUUAUUUAUUGAACACCAGUGCCCCAAAAAACUGACAGCUUCACUGUGACGCACUUUUUGAACAGAGUUUGAAUUAAUAAAUUUAAAAAGAAUAAAAAGGAAUUUAUACAAAAAAAACUGCUAAACUUCUGACUAAUCAUAAAGUUACAUAUAUAUGAAUCUUAAAAAUCAAACUUGUUUUUGUGAGUUUUUAAUUUUUUAGACAAGUGACAGAUCAAAUAUCUGUUUUGAUUAAAUGAAUGUCUAAUAUUUAUAAAGGAAAAAUAAUUUAUCAGUUUUUGUAAUAAGUUGUUCUUUUAGUAUUGCAUUUAAGAGGUGUUGUAAUGUGGUACAUUUGUUAACGUAUAUUAAAGAUAGUUGAGAUAAUAGGUGUGUCGAAACGUUAUCAGAAAUGGCUCAAAUGGAAUGUUCUUCUCAAAUAAAAGCGCAAUGAGUGAAAUA